AUGGGGAAGUCACCUGGAAAAUGGAUCAAAACUGUACUGUUCGGGAAAAAAUCAUCCAGAUCAAAUAUUUCAAAAGGAAGAGAGAAGCUUGUUAAUAAAAAGGAAGGAGUAAUAGUGACCUCCAAGGUGCCAGAAACUAACUUUGUAUUAGAACCAACCUCCAACACUACUGCCAAUCAUGAUGAAGUCCAAGAGCUGGAAAACAAAGAAGCAGAAAAUGUUUUACCUGGCACUCAAGAAAUAGACUUAGUAGGGUCUACUAAUGAAGAUGAUGCAGUAGAUCCAGACAAAAUGAGGCUGGAGGAAGCUGCAACUAAGGCACAAGCUGCUUUCAGGGGUUAUUUGGCUCGGAGAGCAUUUAGGGCCCUGAAAGGCAUAAUAAGGUUGCAAGCACUCAUUCGUGGGCACUUGGUUAGGAGACAAGCUGUUGUUACAUUAUGCUCUAUGUAUGGUAUUGUCAAGUUUCAAGCACUUGUUCGUGGAGGAACAGUUAGACAGUCUAAUGUUGGAUUUGAAAUCCUUGAGAAGUACAAUAAAGUUAACCCUCUGGAUAGCAAACUUGUCAAGCCAAUUGCUAUAUCAACGAAAAUCACAAAGCUGUCAGCAAAUGCUUUCAUUCGUAAGCUUCUUACUUCGUCAACUACUAUAAUGGCACUGCGUUUGCUCUAUGUUCCCGGUGAUCCAAAUUCAGUCCUAAAUUGGUUGGAGCGCUGGUCAGCAUCUCAAUUUUGGAAACCAGUUCCACAACCCAAGAAAAUUCGAGAUACUAAGGCUCAAAGAAAGCAUGGCAGUAUUACUGUUGGAGAUACUCAAACGAGCAAGUCAAAACGUACUAACAGGAAGCUUCCUACUUCGACUUUUGACUCUGUCCCAGUGCAAGCAAAUCCUGAAUUUGAAAAACCAAAACGAAACACAAGGAAAAUUCCAAGUCAACCUUCAGAUCCCGUGCAGGAAAAUCCACAAAGUGAGCUUGAAAAGGUUAAACGUAACUUGCGAAAGGUUCAUAAUCCCGUUGAGAAUUUUGUUCCUUCAGAAGUUGAAUCUGAGAUGCCAAAGGAGCAUUUAGAAAAGGCAACAGUUACCUCAUCCCUUGCUGUUUCAGAACAGGAGGUCACUAGUUCUAAUGAGAAUAUCAAGAAGGAAGCAGCAUUAACUAUUCCCAGUGUGCCAGAUAUAGAAACUACUCCAAGACUUUCAGUUAGUAAUGAAGUGUUUGACGCACCAAGCAGUAUUCAAGUGACUGUGGAAUCGAAGCCCUUGACUGUCGUGGAAUCAAAGCCCUUGACUGAAAUUACUACUAAAGAUAAAAACAUUUCUGAUGAAGUGGAAAAUGAGCCCAUAGAUUUGCCAGAGCCUAUUAUUAUUUGUAAAGAUGAAAAUUCUCACUUAACAAAUGGAGAUUUUAGUCACAUGGAAGAUCCAAUAGGCAGUGAAAAACAGAAACCAAACCGAAAAGCCUCAAUUGUAGCAAAGCAGGAACGGGCAGAGAAUGGACUACAGCAUAGUCCAACACUACCAAGUUACAUGGCAGCAACUGAAUCUGCAAAGGCAAAGUUGAGGGCACAAGGAUCCCCAAGAUUUGUACAAGAUGGAAAUGAAAGAAACAACCAGACCCGUCGACAUUCUUUACCAUCCUCAACCAACGGCAAAAUUAGUUCGCAUUCACCUAGGACACAUAGACCAGUUCAAUCAGGUGGCAAAGGGGGCAACAGAAGUGACAGAACUGUAUCAUCUUCUAGAGAUGGGAAUGGAAAGGUAAUUCAAGCAGAGUGGAGGAGGUAA